CCAGGACCGAUCCCAAUCCUCACACGUCCUGAUCUGAGCCCUCCAGGCCAAGAACUCUAACAGUGUCACAACACAGAAUCCCAAAGAUGAACAAGGAAACCACAGGGGUAUCUGAGAACAGCCACCACCUGAAGGUUUUCCUGCCCAAGAAGCUGGUGGAUUGCGUGCCCAAGUGCCCGGCUCUGCCCACAGAGCGGCUGCAAUGGAACACCAACGAGGAGAUCGCCUCCUACUUGAUCACCUUCGAGAAGCAUGAAGAAUGGCUCUCCUGUUCCCCCAAGACCAGACCUCAGAAUGGAUCCAUCAUCUUAUACAACCGCAAGAAGGUGAAAUAUCGCAAGGACGGCUAUUGCUGGAAGAAGCGCAAGGACGGGAAGACCACUCGCGAGGACCACAUGAAGCUGAAAGUGAAAGGUGUCGAGUGUCUCUACGGCUGCUACGUCCAUUCGGCCAUCGUCCCAACAUUCCACCGGCGCUGCUACUGGCUGCUGCAGAAUCCGGACAUAGUGCUGGUUCACUACCUGAACGUCCCGGCCAUCGAGGACUGCGGGAAGAUCUGUGGCCCCGUCCUGUGCUCCAUCAACAGUGACCGCAAGGAGUGGCUGAAGUGGUCGAAGGAAGAGCUGGUCGGGCAGCUGAAACCCAUGUUCCACGGCAUCAAGUGGACCUGCAGCAACGGGAACGGCACUGCGGAGUUCUCCAUUGAGCAGCUGGUCCAGCAGAUCCUAGAGAGCCACCAGUCCAAGCCCCCGCCCCGGACCCACGCCUGCCUCUGCAGCAGUGGCCUUGGGAGUCCUGGUCACCUCCCGCACAAAUGCAGCAGCACGAAGCACCGGAUCAUCUCCCCAAAGGUGGAGGUCCGCCCAUGUCCUUAUCCUGCUCUGACAGAGGUCCAGAACAUCGCUGGCAGCGCCGAGACGAAAGCCGAACCUGAACCGGCCAAGCCAUCCGGAUCAGACAAAGAUUCGAAGCUGGCCAAGGCCGUUCUGCCCAGCCUUGCCAACACCUGUCCUGAAUCCGCGCAGCACUCGCCCAGCUUGGCGCAACCCAAUGGCUUCCCCAAGCAGGAGCUGCCGUCCGUCACGCUCUCGGUCGGCCUUCCAGGGAGCACGAUUUUGGUCAUGACUGGCCUUGGAGGGGCGGAAAAGCCUCUGGUGCUCACCCCUAGCCAACACCUGGUCUCUGGAGAUGGGAGCGGGGCGCUGCCCCCCCCUCUGGGGCUAGCCCUCUUGCCCGGACCUGGCCUGGUCCUGUCCCAGAACCUGGAAGCCACCAUGGAGACGAAUGAAAUGGGCACCGAGACCUUUGACCCUGACUGUUUCCUGAACAGCCCCAAGCAGGGGCAGACCUAUGGGGGCGGGGCGGGCCUCCAAGCCAAGCCGGAGCCCUCAGAGACUUCCGCCCCACCAACUUACUCUCUGUUCAUGUCCACAAACCGCUUCUUUAUCCAAGAUGAUGGAGCCAGACAAGGGCCAAUCCCACCUUCGCCCCCAGCCGCUGAGGGGACGGAGGAGGCAAAGAACAACCCCGAGACCCCCAUGGAGACCGCAGGAGAAGGGGGCUUGACGGCCGAGAGGGUGCUGGGCGAGAGCGAGGGCCAAGCUGAGGAAGCGACCGGGAUGGCAGCCACAGAGCUCCAAGAAGAGCUGUACUCCAUCAUCCAGACGGCAGCUGCUGCGGCGGCAGGCAGCUCCUUCAGCCUCUCCUUCGACAGCCACUUCCCAGACCUCAUGAGCGAGCUGAUGACCGAGGAGUCUGGCCCCGGGAGCGUGCCCAGCGCCAAGGAAGGCCGUGGUGGCCCAGGGAGCCCCGUCUCGGCCCUGCCCGAGGCUCUGGCGCAGCCCUGCUACGCGACGGAAGGAGCCCCACGAGGCUCCCCCCGGCCUCUGGUGUCCAUCACAGACUUCUCGCCUGAGUGGUCCUACCCAGAGGGUGGGGUCAAGAUGCUCAUCACCGGCCCUUGGGCGGAUGAGGCGGAGCCCUACACCUGCCUCUUUGACCAGAUUUCGGUCCCUGCCUCUCUCAUCCAGUCUGGGGUGCUGAGAUGCUACUGCCCAGCCCACGAGGCGGGCUUGGUGCCCCUGCAAGUUGCUUGCGAUUCCCGGUUGGUCUCCAUGUCGGUUUUCUUCGAGUACCGAGCCCGGAACUUCAUGGCGCUGCCCAGCACCCAGCUGGAUUGGCUCUCCCUGGAUGAUAACCAGUUCAGAAUGUCCAUCCUGGAGCGUCUGGAGCAGAUGGAGAGGCGGGUUGCUGAGAUGACGGCUGCUGCAGCCACCCAGCCGCGGGGGGAGAAGCCGCCCAGCCAGGCUGCUUCUGACUCCUUUGAGGACCGCAUCGUGGCUCUGUGUGAGAAGAUGAUGUCUCGGUCCUGCUGGCUCCGCUCAGAGACGCUGGUCCACCACGUCAGCUUCCGGGGAAUGACCCUGCUGCACUUGGCUGCGGCGCAAGGCUACACCCGCCUCAUUGAGACCCUCAUCAAGUGGCGGAACACCAAUGCUCAGAGCCUGGAUUUGGAGCAAGAGGUUGACCCCCUCAACGUGGACCAUUUCUCCUGCACCCCCCUGAUGUGGGCCUGUGCCCUUGGCCACCUGGACGCUGCCCGGCUCCUCUUCCACUGGGACAGCCGGGCCCUUUCCAUUCCGGACUCUCUGGGCCGCCUCCCGCUCACCGUGGCUCGCUCCCGUGGCCACGUCAAGUUGGCCACUUGCCUGGAGGAGCUGCAGCGGCAGGAGGAGGGGCCCUCUGAGCAGCCAGGCCUGGAUCCAGAGGCGGAGGCUCCGGGGGGCUCUGUCAAGGCCACCCCUGGCCCCCGGCGUCCUGCGGAAGCCCUGCGCAUCCCCUCCCCGCUCUCAGCCAGUCCAGACACAGGGCUCAGCACCGCCAGCGGUGUCUCAUCCCCUUCCGAACUCUCCGAGGGUUCAGUCUCCAUCACCUCGGCCUACUCCAGUGGGUCGGCACUGCGAGAGUCGCCUGCCUACAGCCCCGAAGCCGAGGGAGCCAUGGACAUCUGCCAGGGCACCCCCGCCCCUGGGAAUGUUGCCGGCUGGUACCUGCAGGAGAACGCCAACCCCUCCGGCCUCCCUCACACCCCCUUCUUUAUGGACUACGAUGAAUUGGGGGCUACGGAAGGGCAGGUGGGAGGCCCCGAAGCAGACCUGGAGCCAGAGUUGCUGAGCUAUGGGGAAAAUGCAGAAAAUGAGGACUACCUGCCCACUACGGAUGUCCUGCAGGUGGACAUGAUCACCCUGGCCAAGCAGAUCAUCGAGGCAACUCCAGAACGCAUCAAGCAGGAGAACUUCAGCUCCGCCGAGGCCCCGCUCCGAGAGCGGCCGGGGAACCUGGGCCUGAGCGAGACCAUGUCCUGGCUGGCCGGCUACCUGGAGAACGUGGACCAGCAUCCCCACGUCUCCCCACGCAGGCCCUUGAGCGCCUCGCCUGCCAGCCACUCCUGCCUCAGCCCCCUGCCCUCCCCGCUGGGGGAGCUGUCCUUCGAGCGCCUGCCCCCGCCCCCCACCGUGGCCAGCUGGGCUGAGUUCCUCAACGCCUCUGCCAACGGGAAGAUGGAGAGCGAAUUUGCAUUGCUGACGCUCUCCGACCACGAGCAGCGUGAGCUUUACGAGGCUGCCAAGAUCAUCCAGACCGCCUUCCGCAAGUACAAGGGUCGCCGGCUGAAGGAGCAGCAAGAGGUGGCUGCUGCAGUCAUCCAGAGGUGCUACCGCAAAUAUAAACAGCUAACCUGGAUUGCGCUGAAGUACGCCCUCUACAAGAAGAUGACGCAGGCGGCCAUCUUGAUCCAGAGCAAGUUCCGCAGCUACUACGAGCAGAAGAAGUUCCAGCAGAGCCGGCGCGCCGCGGUUCUGAUCCAGCAGUACUACCGCAGCUACAAGGAGUAUGAGAAGCUGAAGCAGGGACACCGGGCCUCGGCUGCCAUGCAGCAGAAGAUCAAGGGAACGUUCCUAACAAAGAAGCAAGACCAGGCCGCUCGCAAGAUCAUGAGGUUCCUGCGACGUUGCCGGCACAGGAUGAAGGAGCUGAAGCAGCGGCAGGAGUCGGAAGCCUCCCAGAAGCGGAGUGUGGCCACUUAGCUGCCGCUGGACCACGCCGGGCCACC